AUGGCGGGCAACAGCAAGAACUUUGCGACUCUGCAACUCCACGCGGGACACACUCCUGACUCGGCGACCAACGCCCGAGCUGUCCCCAUCUACGCCUCCACCAGCUUCGUUUUCGGCGAUUCUGCCCGCGGCGCCAGACUCUUUGGCCUCAAGGAGGAGGGCAACAUCUACAGCCGAAUCGGCAACCCCACCGUCGAUGUCUUCGAGAAGCGGAUAGCGGCCCUUGAAGGCGGCGUUGCUGCUCUGGCCACGUCCUCGGGCCAGGCCGCGCAGUUCCUCGCCCUCACGGCCCUCGCCCAGGCCGGCGACAACAUCGUCUCGACGACCAACCUGUACGGCGGCACCUACAACCAGCUCAAGGUCACGUUCAAGCGCUACGGCAUCACCACCAAGUUUGUCAAGGGCGACGACGCCAAGGACAUUGCCGCCGCCAUCGACGACAACACAAAGGCCGUCUACGUCGAGAGCAUCGGCAACCCUCGAUACAACGUGCCGGACCUUGAGGCCAUUGCCAAGGUGGCCCACGACAGGGGCGUGCCCCUGGUGGUCGACAACACCUUUGGCGCCGGCGGCUACUUUGUGCGCCCCAUCGACCACGGCGCCGACAUCGUCGUCCACUCAGCGACCAAAUGGAUCGGCGGCCACGGCACCACCAUCGGCGGCGUCAUUGUCGACGCGGGCAAGUUUGACUGGGGCAAGAACGGCAAGCGAUUCCCCCAGUUCGUCGAGCCCUCCGAGGGCUACCACGGCCUCAAGUUCUGGGAGACGUUUGGCGCCGUGUCCUUCAUCGUGCGCGCGCGCGUCGAGCUGCUGCGCGAUGUCGGCGCCGCCCUCAACCCCUUUGCCGCCCAGCAGCUGAUCCUCGGUGUCGAGACGCUCAGCCUGCGCGCCGAGCGCCAUGCCCAGAACGCCCUGGCCGUGGCCAAGUAUCUGGAGAACAGCCCGCACGUCGCCUGGGUUUCCUACCCCGGCCUGGAGAGCCACCCGUACCACGCCAGCGCGAAGAAGUACCUCCCCCGAGGCUUCGGCGGUGUCUUGAGCUUUGGUGUCAAGGGCGGCGCUGCGGGCGGCGCAAAGGUCGUUGACGGCUUCAAGCUCAUCAGCAACCUUGCCAACGUUGGUGAUUCCAAGACGCUGGCCAUUCACCCCUGGACGACCACUCACGAGCAGCUGAGCGAGGCUGAGAGAGUCGAUUCGGGUGUCACCGAGGAUCUUAUCCGCGUCUCAGUCGGCACAGAGUACAUUGACGACAUCAUUGCCGACUUUGAGCAGUCUUUCCAGGCUGCUGGUCUAUAA